AUGGCCGAUUCUCCAACAUUGAGCGUUACUCUACUGGGCGCGGGCCAGGAGGUCGGAAGGUCGUGUUGUGUGUUGCAGUAUAGAGGGAAAACAAUUGUCUGUGAUGCAGGCGUUCAUCCAGCGUAUAGUGGAAUGGCGUCUUUGCCUUUUGUGGACGAGUUAGAUUGGAGCACUGUCGACGCAAUCUUGAUCACUCAUUUUCAUCUUGACCAUGCUGCUGCAUUGACAUACAUCAUGGAAAAGACGAAUUUUAGAGAUGGGAAGGGAAAGGUCUACAUGACCCAUCCCACCAAAGCAGUUCAUAAAUUUAUGAUGCAGGAUUAUGUUCGUAUGAGUACCUCUUCCACAGAUGCUUUAUUCUCGCCUCUCGAAAUGACGAUGUCUCUUUCGUCAAUCAUUCCUGUUUCUGCCCACCAGCUCAUCUCCCCAUGUCCAGGUGUUACUUUUACGCCUUACCAUGCUGGACACGUUCUUGGCGCCUGCAUGUUCCUCAUCGAUAUCGCUGGUCUAAAAAUACUAUACACAGGUGACUACUCUCGUGAAGAAGAUCGUCAUCUUGUCAGCGCAGAAGUGCCACCUGUUCGUCCCGACGUAUUAAUCGUAGAAAGCACUUACGGCGUACAGAGCUUGGAAGCGAGGGACGAGAAGGAAGUACGAUUCACAAGUUUAGUACAUUCCAUAAUACGACGGGGGGGACAUGUGCUAUUGCCAACGUUCGCGCUGGGUCGAGCGCAAGAACUGUUGCUUAUUCUGGACGAGUAUUGGAAGAAGCAUCCCGACCUUCACAAUGUUACUAUCUACUAUGCGUCAAGUCUCGCACGCAAGUGCAUGGCUGUCUAUCAGACAUAUAUACACACCAUGAAUGCGAACAUCCGUUCAAGAUUUGCAAAGCGUGACAAUCCAUUUGUCUUCAAACAUAUUUCCAACCUUGCUCAGCCAAGGGGCUGGGAGCGCAAAAUUGCAGAUGGACCUCCUUGUGUUGUAUUAGCUAGCCCAGGAUUUCUGCAAUCUGGUCCAAGUCGAGAGCUAUUGGAGUUAUGGGCACCUGAUCCCCGCAAUGGCCUUAUUGUCACCGGUUAUUCGGUUGAGGGUACACUGGCUAGGGACAUCAUGAACGAGCCUGAUGAGAUUAUGUCGCUGAAGGGCAACCCCAUACCGAGGAAGAUCUCGGUUGACUAUAUCUCCUUCAGCGCACAUGUGGAUUACACGCAAAAUUCCGAUUUCAUCGAACAAGUGAAGGCACAGCAUGUCGUCCUGGUUCACGGAGAACAAACAGCAAUGGGUCGUCUUCGUGCGGCGAUGACGUCUCGGUACAAGGACCGAGAUGAAGAUGUAAAAAUUCACACACCUCGUAAUCUAGAGACUCUGGAGCUUUCCUUCAGAGGUGAACGGGUAGCCAAAGCUAUUGGUACUUUAGCGAACAAGGUGCCUGAGCCGAACAGUAUUCUAUCGGGCCUACUAGUAUCGAAAGAUUACUCGUAUACGCUCCUAGACCCGCGUGAUCUCAAGGACUUCACAGGUCUAUCUACGUGUACGGUGAUGCAGCGACAGAAGAUCGUCUUGGGAGUUGGUUGGGAUCUCGUCCGAUGGCAUUUAGAUGGAAUGUUUGGUAGCGUCGAAGAGGGACUAGACAAGGAUGGCGUGCCGACCAUGCGGGUGAUGGGUGCGGUCGAUGUAAAACUAACACAGCAGCAUGAGCUUACCCUGGAAUGGGACUCGAGCGCGAGCAAUGAUAUGAUCGCUGAUUCUACUCUAGCUCUUAUCACCGGUAUCGACAAGAGUCCAGCAUCUGUCAAACUAACAUCACAACCCCAUUCGCACUCGCACCCACACGCAGAAUCGCACGGUGAGUCCUCCGUGACGCGAAUACAGCGUCUUGCGUGGUUCCUCGAGGCCCAUUUCGGAGAAGUAGAACUCCACAUGCCUGACGAAGAAGACGAAGGGCACGAGCAAGGAGAUGAUAGCAACGAGCCGUCUCUCCUUGUGCGAUUGGACGAAGCAGAUGCGCAGAUCAAUCUACUUUCUUUGGUUGUGACUAGUACGAACGAUGCAUUAAGAAAGCGGGUCGAGGCCGUGCUUGACAUGGCGAUCUCAACUGUCAGUUCUCUGACAGAGACCUUCGUUUCUGGAGUUCCUUUGUCAGGUGACGAGGCUGUUUUCAAGAUGGCACAGAAAGACGUCACUACUCCUGUUGAUGAUGGUAACGCCCCGUCUGAUGAAACGCCUGUCCCCGACGAUAUCAUCUAA